AGAAGCCGACAUCAGCCCAGCCGGCGCUGGAAUCUCCGGCAUCUCCUCACGCGUUUUCUACUCCGUCUUCUGACUCUUCUACUCCUGCCUCUGCCUCUUCCACUCCAGCCACAGCAGCAAUGGCAAAGACAUUUCCUCCUGUGCAGCCUGGAGGCAGUUUAAUCCUCGCAUGGCAAAUCAAGCACAAGAAGGUGCUUGUUGUCGGCGGUGGUGAGGUUGCCGCUGGUCGGAUCCUCAACUGCCUCAACGCCGACGCCAAUGUCACUGUCGUGUGCCCCAAGUCUGGCCUGAACCCUGAAGUCGCCUUCCGAGUUAGCGAAGGUCAAGUCGCGCAUAUCGAUCGAGUAUUCGAGCCCGAAGAUCUGGAUGGAGCCAGUAUGGUCCUGGUCGCAAUCGAUGAUCCUGCCGCCUCGACCGUCAUCUGGAAGCUUUGCAAGGAGCGAAAGGUCCCUGCCAAUAUUGCCGACGUGCCUCCGGAAUGCGAUUUCUAUUUUGGUAGCAUCCAUCGCGAUGGUCCUCUACAGAUCAUGGUCAGCACCAACGGCAAGGGGCCAAGGUUGGCGGCUGCUAUUCGGCAGUUUAUUGCCAAGCAACUGCCGAAGAAUGCCGGUAACGCUAUCGAGACGAUUGGGGAGCUGCGGCUCAGAUUAAGGAAGAUGGCUCCCAAACCUGAAGAUGGACCCAAGCGCAUGCUCUGGAUGUCCAAAGUUAGCGAUACCUAUAAGUGGGACGAAAUGUGCGGCCUUACAGAUGAAGACAUGGACAACCUCCUCCUUUUCUACCCCCCUAACAAAGUCCCCUCGAUGGAUGUUCUGCAAGCCCUCCGCGGAGGCAACGAUGUUAAGAAACUCGAUGUCUUUGACGGCUCCUUCGGCUUCAGCGUUGGUGCAUAGAUUUAACAGAGUAUACAGCCAGUGAACUUCAACAACUGGAUGGACAGAGACGUAUGGAGAGAUAUUGUACGAUUUAGACACUGUUUUAUUUUGGUUCAGGGUGUUCUAUGGACGGAUUGGUUAUUGUCGUCCCACGUCACAAAGGCGUAGAGGAUGCCUUCACAGCACUUUUGCAUAGGGAUGGGGGAUUUCAUGGCAGUCUAUUAGUUGUGGAAACGUUUGGGAAAACAUACCAUCGUUCCAAAUUGCAACAGUUUAAGAUUUCGAUUAAACACAUCAUCUGUUCUGUUUAUCUA